UUACAGUUUCUAUUGCACUCGAUUAUCGUGGUUAACCUGUUGAACACAGUUCAUUACUUUUUUUUCCGUAGCGCAGCGAAUAGGUAAGCAGGGACGCAACGCAGCUAAAGGAGCUUUUCAUUACAGUCUCGUCAGUGGAACCAGAAUAGCAAUGUCUGUAACGUUCGAUGCUGUAAAGCAAUUGUGCAAACUUGCGAUUUAUUUCACCUUAUAUAAGAUACAAACUUUGGUGCAGAGUGUUUGGCCAUGGCUCGAGCGACCGGCCGUCGAGCUGAAACAAGGAACCAUACUAGGUGUCACCUCUAAACUACCGAACGGAGAAAGUUAUCACUGCUUCAAGGGAGUUCCGUAUGGCAAACCACCUGUGGGCAACCUGAGAUUCAGAGCACCGGUUCCACUGGAAAAAUUUGAGCGAUCUCCUCUGAAUUGCUGUUUGGACAAAGGACUUUGCACUCAAGAUUUCGCAUGUUUUGGAUGGCCGAUCCUCGGCACGGAAGACGUUCUGUACCUGAACGUUUUCACACCAAGCCUUCCGACUAAAACAUCCAAACCGUAUCCUGUGAUGGUGUAUAUCCAUGGGGGAGGCUUCCGGAUGGGAACUGCUAAUGCGUGCUUAGUGGAUCCGUGCUAUUUGGUUGAACAAGGAGUGAUUGUGGUAACAGUGUACUACCGAUUGGGGCCUUUGGGAUUUCUAUGCUUACCAAGCGCUGGCAUUAGCGGAAACGCGGGAUUGAAAGAUCAACUGCUUGCCCUUCGUUGGGUAAAUCAAAAUAUUGCACGGUUCGGAGGUGAUACUGAUAACGUAACUCUGUUCGGGCAGAGUGCAGGUGCAUGGUCAGCUUACUUGCACUAUCUUUCACCCAAUUCAAGGAAAUACUUUCAUCGUGUGAUAUGUCAGAGCGGCGAUACCUGUUCAAAGGCCAUGAUUCAAACUGAUCCUGAAAACAAUGCUAGAAAGUUGGCACGUGCUUUGGGGUGCAAAGCCACUAACGAUCAUGACAUUUUGGACUUUCUCACCAAAGCAUCAGCCCACUCCAUCGUUAGGCACCAGGACAAGGCCGUAAGUGAGCACGAAGAAGGGCUUUUCCAACUUUUCGUUUUCAGACCAGUUGUGGAACAAAUUCUAACCGACGAUAGCAUUAUUACCAAAGAACCCGAAGUGCUGACCAGAGAGUUCGAUGCGUUCCGAAUGCCACUGAUGACGGGAUGUACCACUGCAGAGGGGAUGCUUGCUUUCGAGAUGAAUAAACGGCGCCUGAAGGAAUUGAAUCAGAAACCGGAAUGGUUGGCGCCGACAUUCAUGAGGUAUUCCAAGGAAGCUAAGCGAGUGGCAGUUGGAAACAAAGUUAAGAACUUCUAUCUGGGGCACAGAGAAAUCGGAUGGAAAACAGUGAAUGAAUCGUGCAUAAUGAUGACGGAUAUAACAUUUGCUGGGGGCAUUUACCUGAAUGCAGAGCUGAUUGCUAAAUAUCAGCCAAAUGUUAUUCACUACCAUUACAACUUUGCAUUCAGAGGUCGAUUCAAUAUUUUAAGAAGAUUUACGGGCCUCGAUGAUGUGGAAGGAGUCUGCCAUUCAGAAGACUAUGCAUAUAUGUUUAGAAUACCUGGCGAACAACAACUUCCAGAGGAAAGCGAUGAAAUUAAAGUACGUACAACUUAUGUUAAGCUGCUCACUAACUUCGCAAAGUUCACAAAUCCGACGCCUUUUGGAUGUAACCUCGGCUUCGUAUGGAGUCCAGUGCAACCGCUAAGAGAAGUAUCGGAGGAAUUUAAUUUGGAUUGCUUGGAAAUAUGCCAAUCGCCAAAAAUGAUUCGCAAUAGCAAUGAAAAAAGGAUGCAGUUUAUAAGAUCAUUAAUAAAGGAAAAUACGAAUUUGCUCUAG